AUGCAUCACAUAAUUAGUUGUUUCACUGUAAUCUAUCUUUGUUGUAUCAUAUUUUGGGGGGAGAGCAUAGAGGCUGUUCGCAGUAUCAGCCGUCACAUUCAGCAGUUACGGAACAAUGGAUUGGGUUUAGCUCAGCAUGUAAAAGGUGAAAGCCUCCAGAGAUACGGUUCGUGUCCUAUCCUUCAUAUCCAGGGAAGAUGUACUCCUCCCAACAAUAACAUUAAUCCAGAUCAUCAUAAAUCAAUGCUAGAUUUAGCUAAAGGUUCUGGACAUUUAUAUCCUGCCGACACUGACACAGUCUUUGGUACAGACCCAACUUCAAACAUUUACUCAUCGGACGUUUAUGCAUCAGACAGCAAUGAAUCUAGUGUCCGCAUCUGUAUCAAUGGCGUUACGGUGGACAGUUCUGAGGACCACUUGCCACUAUUUCCCAGUGGUGCUGCUGCUGCUGCUGCGUCGUCAAUAGCAGCAGCCUUCAUCAAAACAACUGGUGACAAUUUACAUACAGGGGACAGCACUGACUUUUCCACUGCAACGACAACAACUACAAGUGCGAUCACUGCUUCUUCUACAACUGCUGCUGCAGCUUCUGUUUUAGGAAGGGGUAAGGACUCUGCUGGUGCUGCUGGACAUGGCGAUCACUCAGGUGUGGGAUACCACAAGGAAGUUAAGGGCCACCAUCGUGUAUCUUCUGAAUCCUCACAGAGAAAUUUUUGGAAUCAUGUUAAAUCAACUAUGGCUUCUUUAGGCAGUAAAAGUCAUAGUUUAAGUAGCCUGACAGGGGCAGAUGAAUCUGAUGAAGAUUCUUUCCAUGAUGCCAGAGAAAACCCAACUCCAAGUCAGUCAAUGAUGAACCUGAGCAUGCCACCAGAUUCUAUAUAUGGACAUCACCGAAUUGCAAACACAGGAGAAAAUAUGUAUAUACACAACACUCUGCUCAAUGAAACAAACCGCCCUCCAAGUUGGCCACUCCCUGUUCGAGUUGAACAUCAGAAGAUUCCUCGUGAAGUUUUGGAGCACCAUAGUUUGUCAUCAAAGUCUCCCCAGGGCAGUGAUUCAGCAGAUGAGUUCUCAUCAGCACUAACUCCGUACUCUUCUCUUGCCCCAACUACCAACCAAAAUAUUACAAAGUCCUUAUCAACGUCAUGUAUUCCUGCUGCCACUGCUAAUGAUGAUACCAAAGGUGCCAUGUCUUUGAUAAAAAGAAAUAACAAAUUUUAUAUCCCAAACCUUGAGGAUAAUGAAAAGUUUCGUAGACAACAGGAGAUUGAGGAGAUAGAUGAAGUGGCAGAGAUGAAUAAAGAAGCAGCUGAACCCCGAAAGGGGAGAGAAAAGAAAGAACUGGGAUUAACUUUAAAUGAAUUUUUGAACAGUCUUCCCAAAGAAGAUAAAGAAAAAGAAAAGAAAGAAGAAAAGAAAAGACGGCCUAAUGUUCUUGCCAAAUUUGGAAGUACCCGAAAGAAAACAAAGAAGGUGAAAGAUGGCAAGGAGAAGGAAAAUAAGCACAAGAACACGCAUCAAUUUGUCUCUUUGUCAAUAAGCAACACAGCUCUAUGUCAUGUGUGUAAUAAGAGCAUGGCCAACAAAUCAGCUGUUCAAUGUGAGAAUUGUCUUGUCAAUGUCCAUGAGAGUUCCUGCAAAGAACAAGUCGGUCCAUGUGCAAAGUUGUUCAAAGCCAAGGUAGGUGAAUUCCAAGCCUGUUCUCAAGAAGGUACUAGCCAUGGUCAGCUAAGGGAGAAACAAUUUGCCAGUCUCCCAGCCCCAACUUCUAAGGCAUUGGACGCCAUGAAGAGAUCCUCAUCAGUUCCUGUUCGGCCUCAGAGUGCAAUUCCUAUGUAUCAUCAACGGCACAGUUUGCCAAAGUAA